CUACAGAGAGAUUCUUCUUUGCUUCUCUCAAUCCAUUUUCGCUACAAAUAAUCUGUUGUUUGUUGAUUUGGGUUACUGAAAUUAUCAAAUUUUCUUUGAAAUGUUAAUGGAAUCAUAAGAACACUCCAUCUCUUGCUUCCUCUUUCAAAAAUCAGCAGCAGGAGGAAAAGAAGGCUCAUAUUGUUUGUUUCUUCUAUCGCACUAAUUCUAUUCCCAUUUUCCUGUUUGAAGGUUGCUGCCAUUCUCUCUUUUUGUGCAUUUUCGUUAAUUUCAGGUUUUUCUCGAUCUGGAUUGCUGUUUUCUUGAAUUUCUUCGGUUGUCAUUUUCUCUUACAUUCCUACAUUUUUGCAAGAUUUUUGUAACAUCUUUCGUUCGAUUGCUGCCAAAACUCGUUUGUUCAUAGUCCAUAGGGCUCUUCCUACUAAUUCUUGAGGAGGCUUUGCCUGUUAGAAGACCAAUCUCCAGGGAUGAUAAGUAUUUCAGAGUAUUAAGUUUUCAAAAUCAAGAAUGGGGGAACAUUUUGUGCUGUUGGUGGAUCAGUUGCUCACAGAAUCAAACCUUGAAGCUACUAUUGAGAGAAAAAACCGAAAUUGUCGUCCUAUGGCCUCAACAAGUGCAGAUAACAUGAUAUCUUCCUUAAAUAUUGAUGUUGAAUUCAUGCCAUCUUCAAGUAAACUUGUUCAGUGCAGAAUUUGUCAUGAUGAGGACGAUGAAUCAAAAAUGGAGGCACCAUGCUCUUGCUGUGGAAGCUUGAAGUAUGCUCAUCGCAAGUGCGUUCAGCGGUGGUGCAACGAGAAAGGCAAUACAAUCUGUGAAAUUUGCCACCAGGAUUUUGAGCCAGGGUAUACAGCACCACUCCCUGUAUUAUAUUAUGGAGAUAUUACUUCACCAGUUCAUUUCAGGGAAAGUUGGGAGAUGUCUAGACUGAACCUGCAUGUACCUGCAGGAAUGCCUGAUCACGAGUAUCCUGAUUCUGACUUUGAUGAAUUCUUCACUCCUUCUCCAAGAAGCAUAUUGUGCUGCCGCAUGGUUGCAGUAACUUUUAUCGUUCUUCUCGUUUUGCGCCAUACACUUCCAAUUGUAAUCAGUGGAGCUGGAGAGUAUUCAUUGACAUUGUUAAUGCUGCUGAUCUUGAGAAUUGUUGGAAUCCUUCUACCAAUCUAUGUCAUGGUUAGAGCAUUUACUUCCAUUCAACGACGGCGUCAUUAUCAGGAUCCCCGUCUUCGCCUCGCGACACCAGAGGACGAAAAUGACUCGACAAACCAUGCUCAAUCGCGCUUCAUCCACGUGAGAUAGCAGUACAUUCACCUCGUCUCUAUGACGGAACCAACGUAAGCAUAACGACGAGAUGGAAACUGGUUGGAUGUAAUGCAUAGAAGGUCAUCAACACCAUUCAUGGUCCUUGCAGCGAGACUCGACCACGACCAUGACCACGACCACGACCACAAUCACGACCCAGUUAUUUUCUGCAGUGAAGUUCAUCAUCUGUGGGGAGGCAGCUGAAACUUCUUUGGUUAAAAUCAAACUUUUUAUGCAAUGGAAUCGCUGGCUCACUUCACUCACUACUCUUUAAUGUAUAAAGUGUGUAAUGGUUAGGAAGGGAAAUCACUAUUGCUUUCAUAUUGGCUCUUGAAAUUAUAAGAUUGUAAUUAAAUUAUGUUCUUACCAUAACAAAUUUGAUUAUUUCGGACGUUUAAAUCUCCA